GAAACAGACUCCUCCGGGUCUCCAUUUGGCUGGCUGCGGUUGAAUUUCCAGGAGUGGAGGAGACUGUGGGUUUCCUAAUUGCUUGCUCUGGAGAUCAGAAUCAACAGAGAACUCAGUCUUACUUACCAUCCAAGAAAGUGCUCCCUUCCUUCCAUUAGACAAUUAAGAAAUUUACAGACACACAACCAUCACGAGGCACAUCAUUUUUCUUCACGGAAUUCUAUUACUGCUCUAUUUGUCUUUCCUGUGACUGGGGCCUUAGGAGUUGCAUUAUGUUAUCAGCAGCCUUCAUUACUUUGGUGAGAAGUGGUGGAAACCAGGUGAAGAAGAGAGUGUUGUUAAGCUCCGUCCUCCUGCAGGACCACUGGCAGGUGACUCCUGCCUGCUACUGUUCCAUUUCAGAACCCAGGUGUUCUCGGUUUGAUCCGGAUGGAAGUGGGCAGCCAGCCACUUGGGACAACUUUGGGAUCUGGGAUAACCGCAUUGAUGAGCCAAUUCUGCUGCCACCUAGCAUCAAGUAUGGCAAACCAAUUCCCAAAAUUAGCCUGGAGAACGUGGGCUGUGCCUCCCUCAUUGGCAAACGGAAAGAAAAUGAAGAUCGAUUUGGAUUCGCUCAGCUGACAGAAGAGGUGCUAUACUUCGCAGUGUAUGAUGGUCAUGGGGGCCCUGCAGCUGCUGACUUCUGUCACACACACAUGGAGAAAUGUGUUAUGGAUUUGCUUCCUCGGGAAAAAGACUUGGAAACUGUCCUGACCUUGGCCUUUCUAGAAAUAGAUAAAGCCUUUGCAAGUUAUGCCCAUCUGUCUGCUGAUGCAAGCCUCCUGACCUCUGGGACUACUGCAACAGUGGCUCUGUUGAGAGAUGGUGUUGAACUGGUGGUAGCGAGUGUUGGAGACAGCCGGGCUCUUUUGUGUAGAAAAGGAAAACCUAUGAAGCUGACCACUGACCAUACCCCAGAAAGAAAGGAUGAAAAAGAAAGGAUCAAGAAAUGUGGUGGGUUUGUAGCUUGGAAUAGUUUGGGACAGCCCCAUGUAAAUGGCAGGCUUGCAAUGACAAGGAGUAUCGGAGAUUUGGAUCUUAAAGCCAGUGGUGUAAUAGCAGAACCAGAGACAACAAGGAUUAAGCUCUACCAUGCUGACGACAGUUUCCUGGUCCUCACCACAGAUGGGAUUAACUUCAUGGUGAAUAGUCAAGAGAUCUGUGACUUUGUCAACCAGUGCCAUGAUCCUAAAGAAGCAGCUCAUGCAGUGACUGAGCAGGCAAUACAGUACGGUACUGAAGACAACAGCACUGCAGUCGUGGUGCCCUUUGGUGCCUGGGGAAAAUACAAGAACUCUGAAAUAACCUUUUCGUUCAGCAGAAGCUUUGCCUCCAGCGGGCGAUGGGCCUGAUUGCCAGCUUGGACUCGGUGUUUCUAUGCAGCAAUGUGUCAAUGGGCUUAUUGAGAAACUGGUAACACGCAGAAGGCCACCUGUACCCAUGUGUCCUUGUGACCUGAUAGAUUCCAGCACAGUAUAAGCUUACGAGCCACGUACCCAGUAGUAUUUUGAUAAAUCCUCAUUAUCAUUAUGGUCAACUGCGCAUGCUCAGUGUAAGCACCAUGACACAGCUGAGAAGCUGUUCUGCGUCUCUGAGCUGAGUGCGAGAAGAAACAGUUUUUGUCUAUUUUAUAAGUAAUAAAUCUGUGUAUUUCCUUUGUAAAGCUAGAGAUUGAAUCUGAGGUUGAAUCGGAUUGAAUUCUAAGUUUUUAAGACUAAGAGGCAGAUUUAGUUUCUUUUUAGUGUGUUCAGUUUAACAGAUUUUUCUGAAUUUUGAUAGCUAGUCAAUGUGUUAUUUGCAAAUGUUUCUUUUUCCUUUCUCUGUUGAAAACAGUUCUCACUGGCUGACCUUGAACUCCUGGGUUCAAGUCUACUUCAGCUUCCUGAGUGCCUUUUAAUUUUUUUAGAUCAGAACAAGCAUAGAUUUAUUCAAGAAGAGUGAGAACAUACACCCAGGAGAUGGGAGAAUUCCAAAGGAGAGAUACAAGGGUUGUUUUUUAAUAAGUGUACCAAGGAGUGAAAGUAAAACCUAGGUUCUCUGUUACUGAAUCAUGUACUCUGGAUCACUUAUUAGUAAAUUUAACCCUGCAAAAGAAACUUCUUUAGACAAAAGACAUGGCUAAAGUGUAUACAUACUUAUAAAUAGCUUGUGUAUUUUAAAUAUUUUCAGCCCUUCCCCAUCCACUUCUAUUUUUAUGUAGUUAAAUAUGCUAUAUAGAUGUAACUGUUCCUUAAUCUCAAGAAAAGAAUGUACAGAUUCUUUGGUCAAAAUAUGUAAAGUGAAACACUGACAGCGUCAAUCUUAUGUAAGUUUGUUGCUAUAUGUUUUGUGUAUAGUGUGUUUAUAUCACUUUCUGUGCAACAGUAAGCAAGUUGGGUCCUUUAUUAGUAGAGAUGAUAUUACAAUGACUUAUACUACUAUAGACAUAGCUUGGGGUUUAUGUCUCCGUUUUCCUCAUUUCUAAGAUUUAUGCAAAAGAAUACAUCUUUUAAAAGGGACAUUCAAACACAUCAGCUUGCUAUGUAAAUUAGCUCCUUUUUACCUACAUGUAAAAUUGUUGUCAAACUGUGAAUCCCUGAAUGUGUGUUUGGAAUUAAUCUAUAGUUUAUUUUCACAGGGUAAUGUAAAUUUGGUAUAUGUGCAGUGAAUAUAUAUAUAUGUAUAUUUUGAAGUAAUAUAAAAUUAAAGGGAACAAUCUUGUGGAGCAUUUA